GACGUGUCUCUCGACCGUGUCGGAAAAUUUUCGAUAAUUUUCAUUUGUGAUUUCUUUUAAGUUCCUUUGCUAGUCAAAACUGUUGUGAUGUUUAUUUUUUAGUCAUGUUUUUUAAUUUAGUUGUGUAUUUUAAUGAAGAAAAUGUAGAAACUAACUUUUGAAAGUCUAUUUGUAGGAAAACUGUUUAAGUACCCACAUUUAAACCUCGAACUCUACGUUUUGUUUCUAUAGUUUGUGAUUUUUGUUUACUUGUUAUGUUUUAGUUGUGAUUAGUUUUAAAAAAUAUAAAAUCUACGUGUAGUUAUUUAAUAAAACGAUGAUCGAAGAACGAUUUGAUUUCUGAUCUUGAAGCACUAAAACGAGAGUGUAAUGCCUAACACGGCGGGCAGCGGGUUCCAAUGGGACAAGCUCUCGCCCGCCGAGUUCCAGCAGCUGCAGGAGUUAGCCUCGUAUUCAACAAAAAAGCUUCAAAAUGUUCUUAACGAAUUCUGCGAGGUCAAAAAGCAGAGUCCGGAUGGGGAUAUCGACUAUGAAGGGUUUCGGUGGUUUCUGGAUACCUUCCUCGAAGUAUCAACGCCUGAUGAACUCUCAAGGCACUUAUUCUUGUCGUUCGUGCGACGGGAUCGGCGGCCGGCGCUGCGAGAAAUGGCGGCUGCUAGUUCCACCACCGCCUGUGCGCCAGUAACCUCGCAUGGAGACCAUCAGGGUAAAUUGAGCUUAGCCUCGAAGAUCCACGGACUGGCGGAGCGAUUGCAACAACUGGGGAGAAGCUCUGGGGACUCCGUCGAAGGCAGUGAGAAGGGAUCUCGAAGUCGUACAGGGAGCGUGCACCCAAUGUUCACGGUGACUACCCACCCGUCAUAUUCAUCUCACGAGUUGUGCUUGGAGCGUCGCAACGAGACGAGCCCCAGCCACAGCCAGAUGUCGCGCAAUUCUAGCAGGAAAAGCAGCAAUUCAUUACGCGUUAACCAGUCCACUAAAAUUGAAGACUUUAGGCACUUGAUGCGUCGUCCGUCUACUCUAGAAGUUCACACAGCGAGAGUUUCGCUCAAGGACAUCGUCUGUUACCUCUCUCUAUUGGAAGCCGGCCGUCCUGAAGAUAAAUUAGAGUUCAUGUUUCGACUAUACGACACCGAUGGCAACGGAGUUCUGGACACCAAUGAAAUGGAUUGCAUCGUCAACCAAAUGAUGACAGUCGCUGAAUACCUCGGAUGGGAGACUUCGGAACUCAGGCCGAUUCUACAAGACAUGAUGGUGGAAAUAGAUUAUGACGCCGAUGGUACAGUUUCGCUGGACGAAUGGAAAAGAGGCGGUAUGACAACUAUACCACUGCUAGUUCUGUUAGGCUUAGACACGAAUGUUAAAGAGGACGGAGAGCACGCGUGGCGACUGAAGCACUUCAACCGGCCGGCGUACUGCAACCUCUGCCUCAACAUGCUCGUCGGGCUCGGGAAGAAGGGCCUUUGUUGCAUAUUCUGCAAGUUCACGGUCCACGAGCGAUGCGUGCAGCGCGCCCCCGCCUCCUGCAUAGCGACAUACUCCAAACGACGCGCCUCCGCCACUCUCGCGCAUCACUGGGUUGAAGGUAAUUGUCACGGAAAAUGUGCGCGGUGUCGGAAAAAGAUCAAAGGGUACAACGGAAUUACCGGCCUCCACUGUCGCUGGUGUCAUAUUACCCUUCACAACCGGUGCGUGGGCAGCGCCGGCGGGGCGUGCUCGCUGGGCCGCCACGCGCGACACAUCCUGCCGCCCACCGCCAUCCGCCCGCUCGUGCUGGACCGCCAGCGCUCGCUGCCGCACAGACACAACCACGACCAGCAAACUCUACCAGUGUCGAUAUCACUGCCACUGUCUAUAUCGGCAUCAGCAGAAGAGAAGAAAGAAGAGAAGAAGGAGGCUCGCGCGCCGCCCAUAUCAUUCCAGAUAACGCCGCCGGAGGGCUCGUGGCCGUUGCUCGUGUUCAUCAACCCCAAGUCGGGGGGGCGGCAGGGCGCGCGCGUGCUGCGCAAGCUGCAAUACAUCCUCAACCCGCGCCAGGUACACGACAUCGCUAAAGGCGGACCAAUGCAAGGUCUGCAGAUGUUCAAAGAUGUAAAAAACUACAGAGUGAUUUGUUGCGGUGGAGAUGGAACGGUCGGCUGGGUUCUGGAAACUAUGGAUAAAGUGGCAAUGGAGUCGCAGCCCGCCGUGGGCGUCAUCCCGCUCGGCACCGGCAACGACCUGGCCAGGUGUCUGCGCUGGGGGGGAGGAUAUGAAGGGGAGUCAAUUCAUAAGAUUCUGGAUAAAAUAGCGCGCGCGAGCACCGUCAUGAUGGACCGCUGGCAGAUACACGUCGAGAACAGCAACGCUGCCUGUGAGCAACUUCAGAUGCCGGACUCUGCGCCUCAUCCCACAUCUGUUCCAUACAACAUUAUAAACAACUAUUUCUCUAUAGGCGUGGACGCAGCGAUCUGUGUGAAGUUCCACACGGAGCGGGAACGUAACCCGGACAAGUUCAGUUCGCGGAUGAAGAACAAGCUGUGGUACUUCGAGUUCGCCACCUCGGAGCAGUUCGCCGCCAGCUGCAAGAACCUGCACGACCACAUCGACCUCGUGUGCGACGGCACUUCGCUGGAGCUGAGCAAGGGGCCGGCGCUGCAGGGCGUGGCGCUGCUCAACAUCCCGUACGCGCACGGCGGCUCCAACCUGUGGGGCGCGAGCGGCGCGCACCGCCGCGGCCGCUUCCCCAACGCGCACCAAGACAUCGGCGACAAACUGAUAGAAGUCAUCGGUUUGGAAAAUUGCCUACAUAUGGGACAAGUACGGACAGGUGAGACUUUAUUUAAUACAAAUUGCUCCAUUACAAUAACCACCAAAAGAACGUUCCCGAUGCAAAUAGACGGGGAGCCGUGGAUGCAGCCGCCCUGCAAGAUUACAAUAACCCACAAGAACCAAGUGCCGAUGCUGAUGGGCCCCGCGCCGGAGAAAGGCCGCGGCUUCUUCAAGUUAUUUGCGCAUUGCUAGCCUCAGCCCAUUCCAUUGUAUUUAGU